AUUGCACCACAUGCCCCAUAGGUCCCCCCUAAGCCGCCCUUGUAGUGAAGACCUCACACUGCUUCUGUCCUUUCCUUAUCCACCAGUUUCAAGCUAUCAACAUCAAAUUAUCAAAACACCACCAGAUAAGUACAGCAUUGAGUCCCUCAAGGGGUGGGUGUGGGACUCUAUUGUGAUUUGUCAUUUCUGGCUUUGUAGUUUUGUUUUUGUUUUUCCAUCUAACAAAGCAGUUUUUAUUCGUUAAAACAACAAGGAAAAAGAAAGAAAGAAAGAAGAUGCAACCAGUCUGACAGACAACGCAUUUCAUCUUCUCAUUGCCCACAAGUACCCAACACGCUGCUUUUAUUCCUCCAUGCACGCCUCUUUCUUUCCCCUUUUUGGAUUGCAAAGGUUUUAGGGGCGCUGAUUAGCUGAUUACUUGUUUGGUUGACGAUUUUCGGGGCGCCCAGCCCCGGAGUAAAGCAUAAAGGAAAAUGUAUUCUGGGAUUCAUUCGCUUGAUGGGAGCGUUGGCCAUGAAGAUUUACAGGGAUCUCUUGAAGGCACUAAUCUCCCUGGUGAUGCUUGUCUGGUUCUUACUACCGAUCCCAAGCCUCGCCUAAGAUGGACUGCUGAGCUCCAUGAGAGAUUCGUAGAUGCUGUUACUCAACUGGGUGGCCCUGACAAAGCAACACCUAAGACUAUCAUGAGAACAAUGGGUGUAAAGGGUCUCACCCUGUAUCACUUGAAGUCUCAUCUACAGAAAUAUCGAUUGGGGAAGCAAUCCUGCAAGGAAUUUAGUGACAGCUCCAAAGAUGGAACCACAUCAUGUGGGUUAUGCUGGCUAAACAAAAUGUUCACUCAUUCUGUAAUAUUGCAUGGGUUUACAGCUUCUUGUGUAGCAGAAAGCCAGGGUACUGUUUCAUCAUCUUCAUCAGCAUCAUCAAGAAUGAUGCCUCAAGACUUGAAUGAUGGUUACCAGGUUACGGAGGCAUUGAGAGUCCAAAUGGAAGUCCAAAGAAGACUGCAUGAACAGCUAGAGGUCCAACGCCAUCUUCAUCUUCGGAUUGAAGCACAGGGCAAGUACCUGCAGUCCAUACUUGAGAAAGCCUGCAAAGCUCUCAAUGAACAGGCAGUUGUAUCAGCUGGGCUUGAAGCUACUAGGCAAGAGCUCUCUGAACUGGCAAUCAAGGUCUCAAAUGACUGUCUGGGUGUGGUUCCACUUGAUACCAUCAAAAUGCCUACCUUGUCUGAGCUUGCUGCAACUCUUGAAGAGAAAUCUGCUUCUAGUGGGCCAGCUCAGGUUGGUGAUUGCUCGGUUAACAGCUGCCUGACAUCGACUGGGAGCUCAGUAUCACCAAUAUGUAUGGGUUCACAGGCUGCGGCAAUGAAAAAAAGGCCAAGACCCAUGUUUGGAGGUGGAGAUUCACUAUCAUGGGAGAGUGGCAUGCGGCAAGAUGUUGAAUGGAUGAUGACUAGUAUUCGAUGAAAGGUAGGAACAGCCCCACAAGGAAAAAAGGGUAGUAGUUCCUUGGUGAUUGAUCUAACUGAGCCUUCUAUUAUGCCAACUGUAACAUCAACGGUCUGUAUAUUCUCUGAACAGAUCCUUGUACUUUUUUUUGAUCAGUAAAAGAGAUUUCGUUAUAAA